UGCAGAAAACAACAGAAUUUUGAUUUGUCAAGCUAAAAUGGGUAGGUAGGGGGUGGUUGAAUAGAACUGAUUACAUGCUUCCUUUACUAUCUACUUUAAUGUAGUACAACUAAUAAAAGAAUUGUUAUAAUGUGGCUUGAAUUUUGGGUUUACAUCACAUUGCGACUCAAAUGGAAUAUUUUGUAGGUAUGUGGUGGUAGCGAAGGGCUGCCUAUUCUUGCUGUAUUGUGAGAGUUGGGUAAACCUACAAUGUUGGGUUUUGGAGAGUUUACAAAGUGGAUUUUUUCUCUCAAUCUUGCAAGUGGACGUAGAAUUUAUAAUCGAACAACGUUCUGAGGCUUGAAUCAUGGCUGAGGAUCUGGAUAAACCAUUGCCGGAUCCUGAGAACUUCAAUGGAGAGGGAAUUGAUUUGGAACGCUUGCCAUUGGAAGAAGUUUUCGAACAAUUGAAAGCUUCAAGGGGAGGACUUUCAACUGAAGAUGCUGAAGUCCGAUUGCAGAUUUUUGGCCCAAACAAACUUGAAGAGAAGCCAGAGAACAAGUUUCUGAAGUUCCUCAGUUUUAUGUGGAAUCCCUUAUCAUGGGUUAUGGAAGCUGCAGCAAUAAUGGCAAUUGUCCUUGCUAAUGGUGGAGGGGAAGGUCCUGAUUGGCAGGAUUUUGCAGGGAUUAUUUGCCUACUGUUAAUAAAUUCAACAAUUAGUUUUAUAGAAGAAAAUAAUGCUGGGAAUGCUGCAGCUGCACUUAUGGCACGUUUGGCUCCCAAAACAAAGGUUCUCAGAGAUGGACAGUGGCAAGAGCAAGAUGCAGCAAUUUUAGUACCAGGAGAUAUAGUUAGCAUUAAGCUUGGGGAUAUCAUCCCAGCAGAUGCUCGACUGCUCGAAGGAGAUCCACUAAAAAUUGACCAGUCAGCUCUUACUGGAGAAUCUCUCCCUGUCACCAAGAGGACGGGUGAUGAAGUAUUUUCUGGUUCAACAUGCAAGCAUGGUGAAAUUGAAGCUGUGGUUAUAGCAACUGGAGUUAACACCUUCUUUGGAAAAGCAGCACAUCUAGUGGAUUCCACUGAAGUUGUUGGGCAUUUCCAGAAGGUCCUUACCUCCAUUGGGAAUUUCUGUAUUUGCUCUAUAGCUGUGGGAAUGAUUCUUGAAAUCAUUGUCAUGUUUCCAAUACAAAAACGAUCAUACAGAGAUGGAAUCAACAACCUCCUUGUUCUCUUGAUUGGAGGAAUACCUAUAGCUAUGCCAACAGGGUUGUCUGUUACACUUGCAAUUGGUUCUCAUCGGCUAUCUCAACAGGGUGCCAUUACAAAGAGGAUGACAGCAAUUGAAGAAAUGGCAGGAAUGGAUGUUCUCUGCAGUGACAAAACUGGAACUCUCACCUUGAAUCGCCUCACAGUUGAUCGCAACCUUAUCGAGGUUUUUAGCAAAGAUAUGGACAGAGAAACAAUUGUGUUGCUUGCAGCCAGAGCAUCCAGACUGGAGAGCUCCAUCCUAAAUCUGUGCCAAGAGAAGGAUCAGAUUGCUGGAAAAGUUCAUACCAUCAUUGGCAAAUUUGCUGAAAGAGGCUUGCGAUCCCUUGGAGUAGCAUUUCAGGAAGUACCUGAAAAGACUAAGGACAGUCCAGGAGGUCCUUGGAAAUUUUGUGGGUUGUUGGCCUUGUUUGAUCCUCCUAGACAUGAUAGUGCUGAGACCAUCCGUAGAGCACUUAACCUUGGAGUUGAUGUUAAGAUGAUUACAGGUGAUCAGCUGGCAAUUGCGAAGGAGACAGGAAGAAGACUUGGCAUGGGAACAAACAUGUACCCCUCUUCAUCGCUUUUGGGUCGCGACAAGGAUGAAAAUGAGGCUCUUCCAGUGGAUGAGCUCCUUGAGAAGGCAGAUGGCUUUGUUGGUGUAUUCCCCAGACACAAAUAUGAGAUUGUGAAAAUCCUACAAGAAAAGAAGCAUGUUGUUGGGAUGACUGGAGAUGGUGUAAAUGAUACUCCUGCCUUAAAGAAAGCAGAUAUUGGUAUAGCAGUGGCAGAUUCUACUGAUGCUGCAAGAAGUGCUGCAGAUUUGGUGUUAACAGAGCCGGGUUUAAGUGUGAUUGUCAGUGGUGUCUUAACUAGCAGAGCUAUAUUCAAAAGAAUGAAGAACUACACAAUAUAUGCCGUCUCCAUAACCAUUCGUAUGGUGCUUGGUUUUGUGCUUCUAGCCCUGAUAUGGGAAUAUGACUUCCCACCUUUCAUGGUUCUGAUCAUAGCAAUACUCAAUGAUGAUCGGGUUAAGCCAUUUCCAAGGCCUGACAGUUGGAAGCUCCCUGAGAUAUUUGCAACUGGUAUUGUCAUUGGGACAUACCUUGCCUUGGUCACAGUCAUGUUUUACUGGGUUGUGAUUGACACUAAUUGCUUUGAGAGAACCUUCCAUGUAAGAUCUCUGUCUAGCAAUACAGAAGAAGUUUCCUCUGCUGUAUAUCUGCAAGUCAGCAUCAUCGGCCAGGCUCUCAUAUUUGUUACGCGUAGUCAAAGUUGGUCGUUUAUGGAGAGGCCUGGGGUUCUCUUGAUGUGUGCAUUUGUGGUGGCUCAACUGAUAAGUUUUAGUCAAUCAAUGCUCCAAUAAAGGAUUCCAUUCUAUAGUGUUCUACAAAAUCUUUUCUUCUGGAAUUGCAUGUUGAAGCCAAAUCUUUAAUCUGAUAUUGGCAUUUCUCCACUUGAAUCAUAAUCCUAAAGUGUAUUUUCAAAUCAAACUACACUGAAUGAUUUUUAUUUUUUUAAUUGUCCUUUUGCAGGUGGCUACCUUAAUUGCUGUAUAUGGACAUAUUAGCUUUGCUGCUAUUAGCGGCAUUGGAUGGGGAUGGGCUGGUGUUAUUUGGUUAUAUAGUUUGAUUUUCUACAUUCCCCUGGAUAUUAUCAAGUUCACGGUUCGUUACGCCUUGAGCGGAGAGGCAUGGAAUCUCUUAUUUGAC